AUGGCAAGAGGUGGUGGCGAGAGAAGAAGCAAAAGAUCAAAAUCCAAUUUCAUACAACACUCAAACAAGGCUUUUUCAUUCUUCUUUGAUAUCAAACAAGAUAAAUUGGAGACUAGUUGCUGCAGGAUGGAUGAAAUAAUGACAAAGGCUUUGACAUUGGGAGGUGAAAUUGUGGAUGAGAUUGAAGAUGCUGACUUUAUUAUUUCGAAUCAAUUCGAUGAAGAGUUGGCAAGUUCUGGAAUUGGAAUGGUUUUAUCUGAGAAAUUCAUUGAGGAAAGUUAUUCGAAAGGUGUUUGGAUUGGAGAUGUUUCAUCAUUUGUAUUGUCUCCUUCCGAGAGUUUGAGAAAGAAGCAGAAAAAGUCCAAAUAUUCUGAUGAGGAAAUUAGAAAUAUGAUGAAUUUUAUCUAUCAACACAAUGACAAAUCAUUUGAUUUAGUGGACGAAGAUAUAUUCGAAAGAAUGGCUGAAACACCAGAAUUUGAGGGAAGAUCAUCAUUAGGAUUAUCACGUAAAUUCUCUCAACUUGGAAAGAACAUUCUAAAGGCUUUCCUCAACUCAAAAGAAGAUGAAAACAAGAAGAAUCUUCCCUCCACUUGUGAAUCAUCCUCCAUUCUUGACUCAUUGUUCAAUGGAUCGAGAAUAGGGGUGGAUAAUCAAGCAAUAAGCGAACAAACCACACCACAGCAAAAAGGAAACGAAACUCCAUGUGCCCCAAACAAUGAGAUUCCUCAAUCCUCACAAUUAACCACUCAAGCUACUCCGAUAGGUACCACCCAAAUUGAUGAAAAUCUUGUUCUACCUGAAGAUCCAAUAUUGAAAGAAUUAAAAUCAGAAUUGACUAAGGAUCAAAUAUUCAGUUUCAUGUGUGAGAUUAUUGGUUUUCCAAUAAUUGAAAAUAAGGUUUAA